AUUCUACAGCAGGACUGUCAGUACUUACUAAUUUAGUAGUUUGACUCAGCUGAUGCUUUCGUUAGGAUCCAUUUCCUACAAAUUAAGAACAUAUGUAUUACUAUGGGAAUAUAGAAGAAGGUACUUAUUUAAACUACAAUAUUUUUAUUUCAGGUUCCUGUGACUCUGAAUUAAAUAUAAAUGAAUGCUAAAUGAUGACAUUUCAUCAUAUAUGAGGCUGAUGACACAAUACCUGUCCCAGGGUGUUUUGUUGUCUUUUUUUUUAUUACAGCUUUUGUAGUUCAAAGACUCUUGUCAUAGCUGUGAUGUGGGUAAACCUGCUGUGCUGUCAUCUCUGGAUGGAUACUAAAAGCAAAUCACAAUGAAUGCAGGCUGGUGCUGAACACCUAUAUAGGGGCGCUGCAAGCCAAGGUUUCUCGCUAACCCUGCUUCAGAGCCACGUCCCCACUGGGUGGAGAGACACUGAGCAUAAUGUUGAAGAAGAAGAUGACCGUCAAUAUGCAGAUCAUGACUAUGAAGUCCCACAGCAAAAAGGUGUGAAGAAGAUAUGCAACAGGGUGAAAUGGACCCGGGACGAGGAUGAAAGGCUAAAGAAGCUGGUGGAACAAAAUGGUACAGAUGAUUGGGCUUUCAUUGCUAGUCAUCUACAAAAUCGUACAGAUUUUCAGUGCCAGCAUCGAUGGCAGAAGGUACUAAACCCGGAAUUGAUUAAAGGUCCCUGGACUAAAGAAGAAGAUCAGAGGGUUAUUGAAUUAGUUCAGAAGUAUGGUCCAAAGCGCUGGUCUCUAAUUGCAAAACACCUGAAAGGAAGAAUUGGCAAGCAGUGCAGAGAGAGAUGGCAUAACCAUCUCAACCCUGAGGUUAAAAAGUCUUCAUGGACAGAGGAAGAAGACAGAAUAAUCUACGAAGCUCACAAGCGUUUGGGAAACCGAUGGGCUGAAAUAGCAAAACUUCUUCCUGGAAGGACUGAUAAUUCAAUUAAAAAUCACUGGAACUCAACAAUGCGAAGAAAGGUGGAACAGGAAGGAUAUUUACAAGAUGGUAUAAAGUCCGAAAGAGCUAGUUCAUCCAAACUUCAGCACAAACCUUGUGCGACUAUGGAACACUUGCACACUCAGAAUCAAUUUUACAUACCUGUUCAGACACAUAUUCCAGCAUACCAGUAUGCCUCACCAGAAGGCAGCUGUAUAGAACAUACUUCUGCUUCUGCCAACUUAGUUCAGCAGUCAUUUAUUGAUGAUGAUCCUGAUAAAGAAAAGAAAAUAAAGGAACUUGAAUUGCUGCUUAUGUCAGCAGAGAAUGAAAUCAGAAGAAAACGAGUAUCAUCUCAAGCUGGAAAUUUACCUGCUUGGUCUGGAAGUUUUGUCAUGGAAGACUGUAUGCCUAAUACACUAAAUAGCCUUGGGGAACAAACAAGCGAGUUCUACAGCAUGGAUGAGACCCAGGGCACAUCUGUUCAGCAGAAUUCACCCACUAAGUAUUUGGCAGUGGAAGCGAACACAGUGUUAUCAUCUCUACAAACCAUUCCUGAAUUUGCAGAGACACUAGAGCUUAUUGAAUCUGAUCCUGUAGCUUGGAGCGAUGUCACCAGUUUUGACCUUUCAGAGGCUGUUGCAUCUCCUGUCAAGCCAGCUCCAGUAAAACUCAUGCGGAUUCAACACAACGAACGGGCUGCAGAGUGCCAGUUUAACCUCGGUAUUGUGCUUGAUGGCAAAAAACACAAUGUCAGUGGUGAGGAAGAAGGAAUUUGUUCAACAACUCCAAACUUAACAAAAUUCAGCACUCCACCUACUAUCCUAAGAAAGAAGAAGAGGUUGCGUGUUGGGCAAUCACCAGUUAAUGAACUGAAUGAUGGCUUAUGUAACGAUGCCAUUAAUGUUGCACUAAAGCAUACACCAGUGAAAACACUACCAUUUUCUCCAUCACAGUUUUUCAACACUUGCUCUGGAAAUGAACAAUUUAACCUUGAAAAUCCUGCAUUCACAUCAACACCAAUCUGUGGGCAGAAAGUUCUCAUUACGACUCCUCUACACAAGGAAAUGACACCAAAAGAUCAAAAGGAAAACGUCGGUUUUAGAACUCCCACAAUCAGAAGAUCUCUGUUGGGUUCAACACCAAGGACACCAACUCCUUUUAAAAAUGCUCUGGCUGCUCAGGAAAAAAAGUAUGGUCCUCUUAAACUUACGUCUCAACCACUUGCCUUCUUGGAGGAAGACAUUAGGGAAGUUUUGAAAGAGGAAACUGGAACAGAUAUAUUUCUCAAGGAGGAAGAUGACUCUGUGUAUAAAAGCUGCAAGCAGGAGCGCAAUACUUCUAAAAAAGUCAGAAAAUCACUGGUCCUAGAUCCAUGGGAAAAAGAAGAGCUUGGUGCCCAGCUCUUUGCUGAAGAUAGUGGUUUGGAUGUACAGUCAGAAAAUGUAUAUACUACGUCUUUAUUAAUGAUACCAUUGUUGGAAAGACAUGACAACAGAUGUAACCUGACAUCAGAAAAACAGGAUACAAAUUCAUCAAACAAAGCAAAUGCAGUAAUUAAGAAGAAACUGAAUGCAUGUGCUUCAAAAAAUGCCAAAAUGGAGAAAGCUCUUCAGUCAAAUUAUGAAUGGGAAGCAGUUGUUUACGGAAAAACAGAAGAUCAACUUAUCAUGACUGAACAAGCAAGAAGAUAUCUGAGCACAUACACAGCUACCAACAGCACUUCAAGGGCUCUGAUUCUGUGAUGGUCACUGCAACUGACAACCAUCUCUUUCCAUUGAAACUGAUUCAAUGUCGAAGGAGAUUCCAGCACAAUACUUGUGAAUUAAGUCUUUACUUUGAGACAGUCUGCUAAGGGAAACCUUAAAGCUUCUUUUCUUCUCUUGACUGACAAAGAACAGAC